AUGAUCCCACUAUGGAUGUUCCCCUUGGCCAUUGCCACUGGAAAUACCAUACUACUUAAACCUUCAGAACAGGAUCCUGGAGCUUGCAUGAUGCUUGCUGAAUUGGCCAAGGAAGCUGGAAUUCCUGAUGGUUGCGUUAAUGUGAUUCACGGGCAACACGAUGCAGUAAACUUCAUCUGCGAUCAUCCAGAUAUUCGUGCCAUAUCGUUUGUCGGUGCUGACACGGCGGGUAAACACAUUUACGAAAGAGGAGCUCGAAAUGGAAAACGAAUGCAGUGCAACAUGGGAGCGAAAAAUCACGGCGUAAUUAUGCCAGACUGCAACAAGGAGCAAGCGUUGAACCAGGUUUGAAC